CUUCUAUUGUUGUUACACAUUACCACCAGCACCGUGGGCCAUAUUGGCUAAACGCUCGCCAUGUCGCUCACAGACGUCACUUUAAAACAAAAGUACCCAGCCAAAGCGCAUGCUAGACGAGUUUCCAAGUUCCUCACCGAUCGAGGGUUCUCGUCUGAUGGCGUUAUUUACCUCGAGGCUCAGAAAACCCGUAUGGUAGAGGACGAUGACCAAGCCGAACCUUUCCGACAACGUCGCUACUUCUUCUAUCUGUCAGGCUGCAAGCUGCCUGAUGCGUAUCUCACUUACGAUAUUGCCAAGGAUAUCCUGACUCUCUUCAUCCCUCCCAUCGAUCCCGAGAGUGUCAUCUGGGCUGGGCUGCCCGAGUCAAAAGAGGAAGCUCUACAGAAAUACGAUGUCGACCAUGUGCUAUAUUCCAACGAGGUCAAUGCUACAUUGGCAGGCUACGGCCCGUCCAAGACCACCACCGUCUAUGCAAUCCCAGAGCAGAUCUCCGAACACAUCACCUUCCUCCCUUUCGCAGAAACCGAAUUCACUUCCUUGAGGACUGCCAUUGACGAGUGCCGCGUAAUUAAAGACAGUUACGAAAUUGCAUUGAUCCGGAAAGCAAACGAGAUCUCGACUCUCGCCCACAUUGAAGCAGCCAAGGUCACGCUCCACGCUAGCAACGAGCAAGAGAUCUACGGCGCCUUUAUCGGGACCUGCAUCUCCAACGGUGCCCAUGAACAAGCGUAUCACUCAAUAUGCGCUAGCGGCACUAGUUGUGCUACUCUACACUAUCUUCGCAAUGAUCAGCCACUGCGCGAGAGACUCAACAUCUUACUUGACGCUGGAGCCCAGUAUGAAUGCUAUUGUGCUGAUAUCACCAGGACAUUUCCAGUCAAUGGCACCUUCAGCAAGGAAUCCAAAGUCAUCUAUGACUUGGUCGACAAGAUGCAGUCGGCUUGUUUUAAACUACUCAAAGCUAAUGUUCGAUGGGAGGACGUGCAUGAACACGCUCACUGGGUGGCGAUUCGAGGGCUCAAGGAGGCAGGCAUCCUCGUAGGCGAUGAGCAAGAAAUAUUUGACAAGCGGAUUUCGGUCGCCUUCUUUCCCCACGGGCUGGGGCAUUACCUGGGGAUGGAUACGCAUGACACUGGUGGUCAUGCAAACUAUGAGGAUCCAGACACCAUGUUCAAGUACUUGAGGGUGCGAGGUCAGGUUCCUGCUGGGGCUGUCAUUACUGUUGAGCCCGGGAUAUACUUUUGCAAUUUCAUUCUCGAUCCGGUCCUCGAGGACCCGGAGUUGAGCAAAUACAUCGAUAAAUCUGUGCUCGACCAGUACUGGACAGUGGGAGGUGUGCGCAUUGAGGACGAUGUUCAUAUCACUGAGAACGGGUACGAGAAUCUGACCAACACCCCAAAGUUGUAGACCUGGAAUCAAGACUUGUGGAAAAACAUGGAGAAAUGUUGUUGGUCGAACUCGCAAAUGAGUUCGGGCGCGUUUGUGGAGGGUAGGCUUUGACUGGGCCUCCAGCUUUUCGAGGGAUGCGAAUUUCGUAGGCAAGACGUAGACUUUUAAAAUUGGGCUGUCUCAUAUGUAUUGGGACAUGCAUGACCUUAUGAAAGAUUUAAUUCCCAAUGCUCUUUUCC